UAUGUGUGAUUGAAGUUGGCCACGUAGACUCAGGUGGAGAGCGGGUUGUUGGGAACAAAUUUAGCGUGGAUGGUUGCUGGUUGUCCUCUCUCGUUUUGUACAACAGCCGACGAAAAAUCUAAAAGCAUCAUAAACAGGCUCAACGCAAAGAAAAAAAAAAAGAAAAUAAAUUAAAUUACAAUGAACGGAGGGAAUAUGAUUUAUUAAAGGGAAUAGAGAGAGAGAGGGUAUCCAUAGCAGCAGCAGAAUCAUCGGCCAUGUCAACCACAGCGGCGGGCGCCGCCGCCUCGUCCAUCAUGGCGGUGAUCCACACAAUCAAGUUCUACCUCUCGGAGCAUCCCGCUAUCGUAGGGUUUCGGUGGAGCAACACCCAAUGCUGGGGCUCCACGUGGCUGUUCCUCUUCAACUCCAUCGCCAUCUACAUCCUCCUCUCUCUCUUCCUCCACCUCCUCCUCUCCCUCCUCCUCCCCCGCGGCACCACCGUCCCCCUGGGCCCCCUCCCCGCCCUCCACAGCCUCCUCAUGUCCCUCAUCUCCGCCACCAUCUUCGCCGGCCUUCUCCUCUCCUCCGUCGCCGAAAUCCGAGAAACCAGCUGGUUCUGGCGGCGCUCCAAGACCCCAUUCCAAUGGCUCCUCUGCUUCCCACUCGGCACGCGCCCCUCAGGCCGCGUGUUCUUCUGGUCCUACGUGUUCUACCUCUCACGCUUCCUCCACAUGUUCCGUACAACCUUGUCGGUGCUACGAAGGCGCAAGCUGGCGUUCUUCCAGGUGUUCAACCACUCAAUCUCCGCAUUCAUGUCGUUCCUGUGGCUGGAAUUCUCGCAAUCGUUUCAGGUUCUGGCGAUCCUGUUCACCACGCUCGUUGACUCUCUGGUUUACGGUUACAGAGUGUGGACGGCGAUAGGGUUGCGAAGCGCGUGUUUUCCAUUCGUGGUGAAUUGCAAGAUGGUGCUGUUGGGGUGCAAUCUGGUGUGCCACGUUGGGGUGCUCCUCCUGCAUUUCUUCAACGGUGGCUGCAAUGGGAUGGGAGCCUGGGUUUUCAACUCUUUUCUGAACGGUGUCGUUUUGCUCUUAUUCCUCAACUUCUAUAUUAGGAUGUACAUUCAGGGGAAAAAGAAGAAGUCUUGUGCCGCCGCUAAUAAUAAUAACAACGAAUUAUCAGACACAUCCAAGUUGAAGCUCAAUUGAGAAACUAAGAGAUGUAGUCAUCAUUUUUGUUCCUUUUUUUCACCUGUCUAUGUAAAAACCAUGCAUGUAUAUGGAAACAAAAUAAAACUAUAGCUAAAUUAUUUUUUUGUUCA